AUUUCAAGGGCAUGCAAAAUCGCUCCUUCAAACACAUUUCAUCGGUUUUGGCCGUCAAGGAGUGUGUGUGCCUUUGUCGAUGAUUGGCAAUGACGACUUUUGGAAGCUCCUUUGGGAACCCCGGCACUUCUUCUUUAGCAAGUGCUGCUGGUGUAACUGCCGGUAUCCAUAACCCCAACAACGACAAACUAGUUAAUCAGUCACCAAACGAUACCGUUUCUUCUAUCGCUUUUUCGCCUAAGGCACUGGCACCGAACAACUUUAUUGUAGCGGGUUCUUGGGAUAAUGAAGUUCGACUUUGGCAGAUCCAGGCUUCUGGAGAUACCAGUCCUAUUGGUAUGAUUCAACACGAAGCUCCAGUUUUGGAUGUGGCAUGGAGUGCAGAUGGGAUGACUAUAUUCUCCGUAGGCUGUGAAAGAACUGGAAAAAUGUGGAACCCUGCUACCAAUCAGGUUCAGCCUAUAGCUCAACACGACGCCCCUAUUCGUUGCGUUCGAUUUGCUUCAGACCUGGGAACGGGUUCUCCAGCAGUCGUUACUGGGUCCUGGGACAAAACUUUAAAAUAUUGGGAUCCAAGAGCUUCUACCAAUACACCUUUGGGGACGGUAACGUUGCCCGAGAGAGUAUAUGCCAUGGACGUCUUGGGACCAGUAUUGGUUGUUGCAACCGCAAAUCGUCGUACUUUAGUUUAUGAUAUCCGCAAUCCAACUACUCCUUAUCGUGAUAAAGAAAGUCCUAUGCGCUAUCAGUCACGUUGCGUCGCUAUUUUCACAGAUAUGACAGGUUUUGCAUUGGGAAGUAUAGAAGGUCGAGUGGGCAUAGAAUAUAUUCAGGAAGCGGAUCAAAAACUAAGUUUUGCUUACAAAUGUCAUCGUGACAGAAACAACCGGAUUUUUGCAGUAAAUGCUAUAUCAUUUCAUCCUGUAUUUGGGACGUUUUCCACUGCAGGAUCAGAUGGAUACUUCAACUUUUGGGACAAAGACUCAAAAAUGCGUUUGCAUCAAUUUCAACAAGUGAACCAACCCAUAACUUGUACUGCUUUUAAUCACGAUGGCACAAUAUUCGGUUAUGCAGUAGGUUACGACUGGAGCCAAGGAGUAGAGAAUAGAGAUCCAAACGCCAAAAAUUACAUUCUCUUGCACGCAGUCAAACCUGAGGAGGUACGGCCAAAGGAUGUAAACCGCACCAAUAAGCGCUAAGAAAUAAGUGGAGGAAGCGGCUCUAGAACAUAUUGU